CGCGCUGCCUCGCGAAGCUGAUGGAGACUCAGGCUCUGGAACCGGGGACUCAGGAAGCCUAUGGCACCACCACCCCCCUCCCUAACAAGGGGUCCCUGUCUAAGACCAAAAAGUACUUCAAAGACUUGAUGUCCAAGCUGACAGAGGGACAGUAUGUGCUAUGCCGGUGGACAGACGGGCUCCACUACCUCGGCAAGAUCAAGAAGGUCAGCAGUCCUAAGCAAAGCUGCCUUGUGACGUUUGAAGAUAAUUCCAAAUACUGGGUCCUGUGGAAGGACAUACAGCACGCUGGCGUUCCAGGAGAGGAGCCCAAGUGUGACAUCUGCCUGGGGAAGACAUCAGGGCCCAUGAAUGAGAUUCUCAUCUGCGGGAAGUGUGGCCUGGGUUACCACCAGCAGUGCCACAUUCCCAUUGCAGGCAGUGCCAACGGGCCCCUCCUCAGUCCUUGGUUCUGCCGGCGCUGCAUCUUCGCACUGGCUGUGAGGAAAGGCGGCGCGCUGAAGAAAGGCGCCAUCGCCAGGACGUUGCAGGCGGUGAAAAUGGUGCUGUCCUACCAGCCAGAGGAGCUCGAGUGGGACUCGCCCCAUCGCACCAACCAGCAGCAAUGCUACUGCUACUGCGGCGGGCCUGGAGAGUGGUACCUGCGGAUGCUGCAGUGCUGCCAGUGUAGACAGUGGUUCCACGAAGCCUGCACACAGUGCCUCAAUGAGCCUAUGGUGUUUGGAGACCGGUUCUACCUGUUCUUCUGCUCCGUGUGUAACCAAGGCCCAGAGUAUAUCGAGAGGCUGCCCCUGCGAUGGGUGGACAUAGUUCACCUGGCCCUCUAUAACCUGGGAGUACAGAGCAAGAAGAAGUACUUUGACUUUGAGGAGAUUCUGGCCUUUGUCAACCACCACUGGGAGCUCCUGCAGCUUGGCAAGCUCACCAGCACCCCUGUGUCAGAUCGCGGACCACACCUCCUCAAUGCUCUCAACAGUUACAAAAGCCGGUUCCUGUGUGGCAAGGAGGUGAAGAAGAAGAAAUGCAUCUUCCGCCUGCGCAUCCGUGUCCCGCCUGCCCCUCCAGGAAAGCUGCUUCCCGACAAGGGGCUGAUGCCAAACGAGAGAGGGAUCUCUGGGCUGCUUCGUAAGAGAGGAAAGAGCAAGCCUGGUUUGUUGCCUAAGGAAUCCCAGCAGCAGAAAAGGCGAGUUUAUAGAAGAAAAAGAUCAAAGUUUUUGCUGGAAGAUGCUAUUCCCAGUAGCGACUUCACCUCAGCCUGGAGCACGGACCACCACCUGGCCAGUAUAUUCGACUUCACACUGGAUGAGAUUCAGAGUUUAAAAAGUGGCAGCUCAGGCCAGACCUUCUUCUCAGACGUGGAUUCCACCGAUGCCGCCAGCACGUCCGGCUCUGCCUCCACCAGCCUGUCCUAUGACUCCAGAUGGACGGUGGGCAGCCGCAAGAGAAAGCUAGCAGCCAAAGCGUACAUGCCCCUGCGGGCAAAGCGUCGGGCAGCUGAGCCGGAUGGGCGCUGCCCCUCAGACAGCAGUGCAGAGGGAGCUCUGGGCCCCGAGCAGCCGGAUGAGGGCAUCGACAGCCACACGUUCGAAAGCAUCAGUGAGGAUGACUCCUCCCUGUCCCACCUCAAGUCAUCUAUCACCAACUACUUUGGUGCGGCCGGACGGUUGGCCUGCGGGGAGAAGUACCGAGUGUUGGCUCGGAGGGUCACCCCAGAGGGCAAGGUUCAGUACCUGUUGGAAUGGGAAGGCACUACCCCUUACUGAUUACCCCUCAGAGGCUGCCUGGAUCCCUGGAAACCAAAGGAGGGCCAGAAGAAGCCAUUGGCUCCCUGUUUUCUCCAGGCUGGGGUGGUGGAGGGAAGCAGGACAGGGCCUGGCUGCGGCCCCUGCCUGCUGCCUGCCAGGCCAAGGCCUGUGUGCUGCUGUACCAAGUGCCUGUGUCUCUGAGACCCCGCUGGCUCUUUCUCAUUGCCUAUACACUCCAUACCCCUCAAACUUUUUACUGGUUCCUCUGAAGGUAUCCUGGCUACGACCCCUGAUCCUGAGGCCUGAAUCCAUUUUUCAUUGUCCCCAGUUGUCCAUCUUUUUACCUCUCACCCGUUUGGGGUGUUUUGUGUAGUCGCACAUCUUCCAUGUGCGAAUGAACAUCUAUGGGACCACAGUGAGAGAAGGGAACGCUGAAGGUCUUUCACCUUCUCACUAAAAACCCUCACCCCAGGAGGAGAGGGAUGCCCGAAAAAAAGUUUAGGGUACCUGGGACCCCAGAGCCUGGGGAGUGAUGAGCUGGGCCUCUUCUGAAGGAACAGCCACAGGGUCCUUUACUGAGGCUAACUGCAGUAGUCAGGGUUGAGGGGCCCAGAAGUUUGCCUGUCCCCACAACAACCCUCCACUGUUGUCAUGGCCUGGAGGCUGCCUCACUGCACAGAAGGAUUCUUGAACCCUUGAUCUGGGAGGAACGCCUGACUAAAUCCCAGACCCAUUACAAAGUGAAACACCACAGGACUGUGUACAUAGACAAACACAGUCACGUGUCCCCUCCAGGGUACCCUGGACCCUGUCCUUGACCUCUUCCAGGGAUACAUGCUGCAGUUAAAUGUGAAAACCAAACUCCUGCUCCCCCUGGCCAGGGAACCAGCCCCAGCCCCACAGAAAAGCACAAAAGACACCCCCCCCCUUCCUGCAUAGUUCCUGCCUUGCCCAGGAGCUGACAAUCACUUUUGGGACAGGCUAGGGUUUUUCAAGGGCCUGAAUCAUGCAUUCCCUUCGGAAAGGAAAGGAAAGCCUUUGUCAUUGAUGGUAUAAAUAGAAUUCUUAGAAUGGACAAACCUGGCCCAUCUGGAGGGAAAACCAAAAUUCAGGGGUGGGCAAGGAGCCCUUGUUUUGCCUGCAACUGACUCACUGAGUUGGAAAAUGGAAAGAAGUGCCUUUGGGAUGGGAGGCAGGAGCACCAGAUUGGAACCAGCCUCACUGACUGCUGCUGUGGCGUCCAGAUGUCCAGGGUCUUGAAAACUGCCAGCUAGUCGGAGAUAACAGAGCUCUAUCAGAGGGGCUGACUUUUCCAUAACUGGGUCCGACCCCUCCACACGUACCAUGAGCAUUCAGGGGGUCUCUCUCUGAAGUAGGUUAGAUGACCCCCGCCUUAAACCUCAGCAACCAUAGUGCCUUGCAAAGGAACCUCACCCCUCACUUGGCACAGCCACCCUGUUCCCUCUGCUUCCCUGUCUUGGCUGAGGCAGGGAUGAGCAGAUGGACACUGGACCCAGUUCUUGGUCCCACAGCUGCUGCCACUGAGGUCCCCAAAGGGGGGCAGGUGGGAGGAGAGUUAUAAAGCCAACUCCCAGGACAGCAGGAGUGUGGGAACUGGGGUCAAAUUUGUAGCUUCCUGUUGGCUUUAGUGAACAUGGCAACCUCAAACAUCUGUUUUCCAGGCCACUAGGAAAGCCAGAGAGCAAGGCUGUUGGACAUCUGCCCCUUCCCUGCUGGGCCCCAGAAGCUCUGGGCCUGAGGGGCAGGAGGGUAGGCAGUGCUUGUCCCACUGGGAAAGCUAGCACAAGAACUGACCAAGUCACCUGACUCCCCUCACCAGCAUGGCACUCUUAUAAGACAAUAGCUGCAUUACUGCCAACUGACAGUAUAACCCUGUGCACCUUUGAAAAGAUCUGGGUUUUGAAUUGCUGCUUUUAAUAAUAUUUGUUAUAUUAAAGUUAUAAUUGAUGUGUCUGGU